CAUGAAAUACCAACGUAUUCUGGAGAUUUUUAAAUCAUUUUGUGGGGAAAGAGUUCUUCAGCUUAGGGGGUUUUUUAACGGCGCAAGGGUUUAUGGCUAUUUGGAUAAUUAAUAGGUUAAGAUUGAAGGGCAUAAACCGGCGAUCCAGCAACCAUUUUCUCCGUUAAUUAACGAUUUCCGUUUCCCUUUCAAUCUCAGCUAUUCUCAGACACCAGACCUGCUGAGGUAUUAGAAUUACAUAAGGACUCUCAAGAAUGAAUCUUUGAUUUGAGCUAUGAGGGUUGAAGGGAAAAUGUUGGCCAAAUCAAUCGCCUCGAGUCGAGGAAUAUUCACUUGUUCUUGUUUAUUCGAGAGAAUCAAGCAGACAGAAAAUGAAAUCGUCCAAAUGUUUAAGCUAGCAAGUCCGAAAGACGACACCCCAAAUUUCGGCAACCACCCCAGCACAAGGAGGAGCAUGUCGGCCAGAAAACUCGACGAGAGAUUUAUAAGAAUCUUGAAAAUAUUCAAGUGGGGCCACGACGCAGAAAAAGCUCUCGAGGUUCUCAAAUUAAAAGUCGACCGUAGAUUAGUCCGCGAGGUUCUGCAAGUAGAUGUCGAAAUCAACGUGAAACUGCACUUCUUCAAGUGGGCAGGAAAGAGAAGGCACUUCGAGCACGAUUCCACCACCUACAUGGCCUUAAUCCAUUGCCUCGAAGAGGCGAAACUCUUCGGUCCAAUGUGGAAAACGAUCCAAGAAAUGGUCAAGAGUCCAUGUGCCGUGGGCCCCGCUGACCUGUCAGAAAUCGUACGAGUCUUGGGCAGGGCAAAGAUGGUGAACAAAGCACUCUCGAUAUUCUACCACAUUAAAACCCGGAAAUGCAAACCGACCGCCAGCACGUACAAUUCCAUGAUAUUGAUGCUGAUGCAAGAGGGCCACCACGAAAAAGUCCACGAGCUGUACAACGAGAUGUGCGGUGAAGGCACUAACUGUUUCCCCGACACUGUUACUUACAGCGCUCUCAUAUCUACAUUUGCGAAAUUGGACCGCAAUGAAUCUGCUAUUCGUUUGUUUGAUGAAAUGAAAGAGAAUGGAUUGUACCCCACCGCAAAAAUAUACACUACUUUAUUGGGUGUUUUCUUCAAGAUUGAUAAGGUCGAAAAGGCAUUGGGGUUAGUGCAAGAAAUGAAGGAAAAAGGGUGUGCGCCUACGGUGUAUACGUAUACAGAAAUGAUUAGAGGGCUUGGCUCUGCUGGGAGAGUCGAAGAAGCUUAUUCGAUAUUUUUAAACAUGAUAAAUGAUGGUUGUAAACCAGAUGUUGUGCUUAUGAACAACGUGAUUAAUAUCUUGGGGCGUAGGGGCCGUUUGGCUGACGCGGUCAAGCUUUUCGAAAAUAUGGAGUCUUUCGAUUGCACUCCGAAUGUGGUGACUUACAACACGAUAAUCAAAUCCAUGUUCGAAUCGAAAUCGCCAGUGUCUGAAAUCGUUUUAUUGUACGAGAAAAUGAAAAACAGCGGUGUGAAUCCGAGCUCCUUCACUUAUUCGAUCCUCAUCGAUGGAUUCUGCAAGAAAAACAGCUUGGAAAAAGCUUUGUUGAUGCUCGAGGAAAUGGACGAAAAGGGUUUUCCGCCAUGCCCAGCCGCCUACUGCAGCUUGAUCAACAGCCUCUGCCGAGCGAAAAGAUACGAUGCAGCACACGAGUUAUUUCAAGAAUUAAAGGAGAAUUGCGGUUCAUCGAGCGCUCGUGUCUACGCGGUUAUGAUAAAGCAUUUAGGAAAAUGCGGACGUUUGACUGAGGCGGUUGACCUUUUCGACGAGAUGAAAAGACUAGGAUGCCCUCCCGAUGUUUACGCCUACAAUGCCCUCAUGUCGGGGAUGGUGAGGGCAGGGUUGACCGACGAGGCUCGGUCAAUGAUCCGUUCGAUGGAGGAAAACGGGUGCGCUCCGGAUUUGAACUCGUAUAAUAUCAUAUUGAACGGGCUGGCUAGGGCGGGUGGGCCCCACCCGGCGAUGGAGAUGUUUGAGAAUAUGAAGAGGGAUUGGAAGAUGAAACCGGAUGCUGUUUCUUACAAUACAGUGCUAGGUUGUUUGAGUCGGGCGGGUAUGUUUGAGGAGGCUGCCAAGUUGAUGAAGGAGAUGCGGUCGAGUGGUUUGGAGUAUGAUCGGAUAACGUACUCCUCGAUACUCGAGGCGGUUGGUAAAGUUGACGAAGACUGUAAACUUGUUUCUUCAUCAUGAUGACCAUAUACACUACAUGAUUGGUAGCUUGCGGUGAUUAUUUAUUUUUUACCAGAAAAAAAAUAAAAAACAUCAUGGUUCUGUUUUUGUUUUUAUUGUAGUACUGUAAUGAGAUUAUGUUUAGUAAUUUGAUGAAGAGAUGUAAUGUACAAUUAUAAAAUGACAGUAUCAUAGUUCAUUGU